UGCCCGCUCUUCCAUCGCCGACUACCCGUAGGUACCGGUACGGGUGUACGACGCCUUGUUCCCCUUACCACCGCAGUCCGAGGUGAUCGUUCGCCUCCUCUGCGUCUUGCUCCUCGUUGCCUUCGUCUUCGUCUUCGUCUUCGUCUGGUCAUGAAUCCGUCCCCCUAGCGGGGCGAUCCCUGGGUACAAGGGGAAGGAAGAGUAGCACCUCCCUCCCUCUCUCUCUCUCUCACUCACACACACACACACACACACACACACACACACACACAUAUCAUCGGCGAACACACGUAGAGGGGAACACGCCUUCUUAUUCUACUUUUUCUUUUUUCUUUUCUUCUUCGUCUUCUGUUCGUACUUAUGCUGUGGGGGUAGGCGUCCACGUGGCACCACGUGGGACCACGUGGCUUUCGUUUUUGGUCUCAUUCUUCUCUUUAAGGGGGGUGGUUCGAUAACGGGGGGGUUGUGCGAAGGAGGUACGAGCUUGCUUGAGGUACGAGCUUGCUUGAGGUACGAGGUUGGUAGCUAUGGCGUCCGUCCAACGGGGAGCCGUGGUUAGGUUGAUGUUGAUGAUGGGAGUCCUCUUCGUCGUCGCAGUGCUAAUUAAUCAUCGAGUCACGUUUGAUAACGCAGAUUUCAAUACGGAGAAUGACUCAGCGAGUAGAAGAUGGACGUUGAGGAGAAGUGCUGCAGCAGCAGGAGGAGGAGAAUGGUCUUACAAAGCGUUGGCCACUGAACAGGAGGCCAUGUGGGACUCUAUCGACGCCGUAGCGGAAUGGUUAUGGCCGGUAUCGCUGAAAAUGGCGUUACGCGGUCUGAGACCACUGAAGGCUUGUAGGAGAGCAUGUAAGGGGUUCGAAAAGGGAGAGCUGCUGACAGAGCCUAGAGCCCACGAAACCAUGUCCGUGAAGAACCUACCGCGAAGCUUCUUCUGGGGCAACGUCAAUGGCGUUAAUUACCUCACGCCGAUAAGGAACCAGCAUAUUCCGAAAUACUG